AAUAAACAAGCAGGCAGUUAUUAAAACGGGAACAUGGCGGCCGCAGCCCCAGCUUCAGCUUCAUCUUACAAAGCGAAGGUCAGCGCCGGCGGCAGCCGCGGCGGCAGCGGCGGGAGACGGCACUGACCCCGCAUGCUUGAGAUGUAUCUGAGCAGUGAGGCCCCCCGCACGCACAGCCCCUAGAAAUCGUUGCCCGCCUCGCUGAGUCUUGGUCCCCUGCUUCAUUCCGUGCACAGGAUGGACCUGCUCCGGGAAUGAAUCUGGUUGAUGUGGUGGAGAAGGCUGUUCUGUGUAGUACCCCUGCCUCACUUCCAGCAGAAGUCGGGACGUGCGUGGCGGGCGAGGGAGGCAGAGGCCAUUCGGAUGCUCUGCGCAGCUGCAUGCUGCCCUGGGGAACGGGACUUUCUUCCUGGCUGUGCUGCAGACUUCCUCGGUGAUGCUAGCCAGUGUGAUGGAUGGGGAAUUUAUCUACAUCUUGAUCUGAAGACGCAGAAAAACUAGUGCGAUCUGCCUUCAACUGCAAAGGCUGGAAGACGACAAGUUGCUGAUAUGUGUUCAAGAUGAGUGGGAUGGGAGAAAACACCUCUGACCCAUCCAGGGCAGAGUCAAGAAAGCGCAAGGAUCCCGAUCAGCUUGGACCCAGCCCUAAAAGAAGCACUGAGAAACGCAAUCGUGAGCAAGAGAAUAAAUACAUAGAAGAACUUGCAGAGCUGAUUUUUGCAAAUUUUAAUGAUAUUGACAACUUUAACUUUAAACCUGACAAAUGUGCAAUCUUGAAAGAAACUGUGAAGCAAAUUCGUCAGAUAAAAGAACAAGAAAAAGCAGCAGCAGCUAAUGAAGAUGAAGUGCAAAAAGCAGAUGUAUCAUCUACGGGUCAGAGUGUCAUCGACAAGGAUGCACUUGGACCAAUGAUGCUUGAGGCCCUCGAUGGGUUCUUCUUUGUAGUGAACCCAGAAGGUAAUGUUGUGUUUGUUUCUGAGAAUGUGACACAGUACCUAAGGUACAACCAAGAAGAGCUGAUGAACACAAGCAUAUAUAGCAUUCUGCAUGUAGGGGACCACAAUGAAUUUGUCAAAAUCCUGCUGCCAAAAUCUUUAGUGAACGGGGGAUCUUGGUCUGGUGACACUCCUAGGCGUAAUAGCCAUACCUUUAAUUGUCGGAUGCUGGUAAAACCUCUUGCUGAUUCUGAAGAAGGCCAUGAUAACCAGGAAGCACAUCAGAAAUAUGAAACUAUGCAGUGCUUUGCUGUUUCUCAACCAAAUUCCUUCAAGGAGGAUGGUGAAGAUUUGCAGUCUUGCUUGAUUUGUGUUGCGAGAAGAGCUCCAAUGAAGGAAAGACCACUUCUUCCUUCCUCAGAGAGUUUUACUACUCGCCAGGAUCUACAAGGGAAAAUAACUUCACUGGACACAAGUACCAUGCGAGCAGCUAUGAAACCUGGCUGGGAGGAUUUGGUGAGAAGAUGCAUUCAGAGGUUCCAUUCGCAGCACGAGGGAGAAAUAUCUUUUGCCAAGAGGCAUCACCAGGAAGUACUAAGGCAGGGACUAGCAUUUAGUCCUGUUUAUCGGUUUUCCUUGUCUGAUGGCACUAUCGUUUCUGCCCAAACGAAGAGCAAGCUCAUCCGUUCUCAGACGACUAGCGAACCUCAGCUUGUAAUCUCCUUGCAUAUGCUUCACAGAGAGCAGAACGUCUGUGGAAUGAAUCAGGAUUUGACUGGACAAGGGAUGGGGAAGAUAUUGAACCCGAUUAGCUCCAGCAGCCCUGCCCAUCAGGCCAUGUGCAGUGGGAACCCAGGUCAGGAUAUGACCAUCAGUAGCAAUAUAAAUUUUGCCAUAAAUGGCCCAAAGGAACAAAUGGGCAUGCCAGCAGGCAGGUUCGGUGGUUCAGGGGGAAUGAACCAUGUGUCGAGCAUACAAGCAUCCACUCCUCAGGGUAGUAACUAUGCACUAAAAAUGAAUAGCCCCUCACAAAGCAGCCCCGGCAUGAACCCAGGGCAGCCAAACUCUAUGCUUUCCCCAAGGCAUCGUGUGAGCCCUGGAGUGGCAGGAAGUCCUCGCAUCCCACCCAGUCAGUUCUCCCCUGCAGGAAGCUUGCAUUCGCCCGUGGGAGUCUGCAGCAGCACAGGAAAUAGCCAUAACUACACCAACAGUUCCCUGAACGCACUUCAGGCCCUCAGCGAGGGCCACGGCGUUUCUCUAGGAUCGUCGUUGGCUUCACCUGACCUAAAAAUGGGAAAUUUACAAAAUUCCCCUGUGAAUAUGAAUCCUCCCCAGCUAAGCAAGAUGGGAAGUCUGGACUCUAAAGACUGCUUUGGACUAUACGGGGAGCAAUCGGAAGGUACAACUGGACAAGCAGAGAGCAGCUGCCAUUCAGGAGAACAGAAAGAUAACAGCGAUAGCAACAUGCCACCGGUUGUCAGUGGUGAGAGACCUGAUGGACAGAAUAAACUGCACGACGGAAAAAGCCAGACAAAGCUAUUACAAUUGCUGACCACCAAAUCGGAUCAGAUGGAGCCUUCGCCUUUGUCCAGUACCAUGGGAGACGUUAGCAAGGACUCCACGGGAGGGUUGCCUGGGUCUGGUUCAGCACAUGGAACCUCGCUCAAGGAGAAGCAUAAAAUUUUGCACAGACUAUUGCAGGACAGUAGUUCUCCUGUAGAUUUGGCCAAGCUCACAGCCGAGGCCACAGGCAAAGAACUGAACCAGGAGUCCAGUAGCACAGCUCCUGGUUCAGAGGUGACUGUUAAACAGGAGCCCGCGAGUCCUAAGAAGAAUAAUAAUGCACUACUUCGCUACUUGCUAGAUAAAGAUGAUACUAAAGAUAUUGGUUUACCAGACAUACCCCCAAAACUGGAGCGGUUGGACAGUAAGACAGACCCUUCCGGUAGCACAAAGUUAAUAGCUAUGAGGACAGAAAAAGAAGAGAUAAACUUUGAGCCUAACGAACAGCCAGGCAGUGAAUUGGACAACUUGGAGGAGAUUCUGGAUGACCUGCAGAACAGCCAGUUACCGCAGCUUUUCCCAGAAAGCCGCCCAGGCGCGCCAGCGGGUUCGGUCGACAAGCAAGCCAUCAUCAAUGACCUCAUGCAGCUCACCAGUGACAGCAGCCCUGGCGCGGCUGUGGCCACCCAGAAACCAGCAAUGAGGAUUUCACAGAGCACUUUUAAUAACCCACGAGCAGGGCAACUGGGCAGGUUAUUACCAAACCAGAAUUUACCACUUGACAUCACGCUGCAGAACCCAACAGGUGCAGGAACUUUCCCACCCAUAAGAACGAGUAGCCCCUAUUCGGUGAUACCUCAGCCGGGACUGAUGGGCAGGAAUGAAGGGAUGAUCGGAAAUCAAGGAACUUUAGGCAACAGUAGCACGGGAAUGAUCGGUGGCAAUGCCCCUCGGCCUGCCAUGACAUCUGGAGACUGGGGAAGCCAGGCUCCUGCUGUGAGGGUGACCUGCGCCCCCACAGCUAGUGCCAUGAACCGGCCGGUGCAAGCGGGCAUGAUCCGCAACCCCACGGCCAGCAUCCCCUUGAGACCCAGCAACCAGCCUGGCCCAAGGCAGAUGCUUCCAUCUCAGGUCAUGAAUAUGGGGCCAUCCGAGUUGGAGAUGAACAUAGGAGGACCUCAGUAUAGCCAACAACAGGCACCUCCAAAUCAGACUGCACCGUGGCCAGACAGCAUCUUGCCUAUAGAUCAGGCAACUUUUGGUAAUCAAAACAGGCAACCGUUUGGCAGCUCACCAGAUGAUCUCUUGUGUAAUCAUCCUUCAUCAGAGUCACCAAGCGACGAGGGUGCUCUCCUGGAUCAGCUUUACAUGGCAUUAAGGAAUUUUGAUGGUUUAGAAGAAAUCGACAGGGCUCUCGGAAUACCAGAACUAGUUAGCCAGAGCCAAGCUGUCGACCCAGAGACCUUCCCCAGCCAGGAGUCCGGCAUCCUGAUGGAGCAGAAGGCGCCGGUGUUCUCCCAGCAGUACGCGGCGCAGGCUCAGAUGGCGCAGGGCAGCUACGCGCCCAUGCAGGACCCCAGCUUCCACCCCAUGGGGCAGCGCCCGGGCUACGCAGCCCUUCGCAUGCAGCCCCGGCCCGGCCUGCGGCCCGCCGGCAUCGUGCAGAACCAGCCGAACCAGCUGCGGCUCCAGCUGCAGCACAGGCUCCAGGCACAGCAGAAUCGGCAGCCACUGAUAAAUCAGAUCAGCAGUGUCUCCAAUAUGAAUCUGUCUUUGAGACCUGGAGUGCCAACACAGGGCCCCAUCAACGCGCAGAUGCUGGCGCAGAGGCAGCGGGAGAUCCUGAGCCAGCACCUGCGGCAGCGGCAGAUGCAGCAGCAGCAGCAGGUGCAGCAGCGGACACUGAUGAUGCGAGGGCAGGGCUUGAGCAUGACCCCCAGCAUGGUGGCCACCGGUGGCAUACCAGCAACCAUGAGCAAUCCGCGGAUCCCGCAGGCAAAUGCGCAGCAGUUUCCAUUUCCUCCAAACUACGGUAUUAGUCAGCAGCCCGAUCCAGGCUUCACAGGGGCCACCACUCCUCAGAGUCCACUGAUGUCCCCAAGACUGGCUCAUACGCAAAGCCCCAUGAUUCAGCAGUCUCAGGCUAAUCCUGCCUAUCAGUCCUCUACGGAGAUGAAUGGGUGGGCACAAGGGAAUAUGGGUGGAAACAGCAUGUUUUCACAACAGUCCCCACCACAUUUUGGGCAGCAAGCAAGCACCAGCAUGUACAAUAAUAACAUGAACAUCAGUGUAUCCAUGGCAACCAACACAAGUGGUAUGAACAACAUGAACCAGAUGACAGGGCAGAUCAGCAUGACCUCAGCGACCUCUGUGCCUACAUCAGGGUUGUCCUCCAUGGGUCCUGAGCAGGUUAAUGAUCCUGCUAUGAGGGGAGGCAAUCUUUUUCCAAACCAGCUGCCUGGAAUGGAUAUGAUAAAGCAGGACGGAGAUGCAACACGGAAAUAUUGCUGACCCUGCGGGUGAUUCGGUUGCUCCUUUCUUCAGCUGACGGGGCUUUUACGGCCCCAAAUCCUUACCGGUUUGAAGAGCUGCGUCUGUGUGUCGUGACCCAGCUGAGCUGCCGGCGCCGGCCGACAGGACUCAGCCCGUCCUUCCCGAGGGGAGCCGGGCGGUCGUUGCCGAAGAGCGGCCUCUUCUUUGACAGUCUGAAGCUAGCGUACAGACAGUCGCUCAGUCUGUUCACUGCAUUCACCUUAGUGCAACUUAGAUCUCUCCUGCGAAGUAAAUGUUGACAGGCAAUUUUCAUAAAACCAUGUCAGAUUGAAUGUAUUUAAAUGUAUGUAUUUAAGGAAAAACAACCAUGCUCUUGUUCUGUUUCUGUUUAGUUCUAGACCUUGGGGUUGUUUUUUGGGUUUUUUUUGCUUUGUUUUCCCUGGCUUAUUCAGUCGGUGCAAAGGAUUCAGUUCCGUCUGAAAACUGGUGUUUUAGACUAAGGCCUGCAUUUUGGGGCGGAGAGGAGGCGUGGAGGAGGGUGCAGAAGCAAUGUCUGGUACAUACAGAGACCUCCAACGAGCGCGGUCCACUGACAAGUCAGAGAAGAUGAACCGAUGCAGAAAACUAUACAGACCAAUUUUGAAUGGGGUUAAAGUUGUAAAACAGAUGAAAAUUCCCCUGUGAGAGGGCUGUUUAUAAGGGGCGUUUCGGUUGGGUUUUGUGGUAAUGUUUGUAACGCAAGUCAUGGAUCCAAAAAUACAAGUUGGUUACAUUCUUAUUUAAUUAAAUUCCUAACAAUCACAGCAAAUCCUGAUUUUUUUUCACCUGGCUCUCCUGACCUCUGUCAUCUUCCUCUUCUUUCUAAUGGAAAAAAAAAAACCAAACAGGUUACCCCUUUAUUUCCGUAGGUGUGUUUCCAGCAAUCUGGACGGCCCGUUACUGGAUGCUGAACAGCAAAGUUCGAUGGUUAUGCAUGUACUGAUUAUGGUAGUGGCGGAAUUGGUGCAUAAUAUCAAAAAGCUCAAGAUACCUGCUUUAAAGCAUGAUAAUUUCUGGUUCCCAUCCCCCUAGCUGGGAAAAUAACAAUUCCUGUAAAACCUAUAGCAGAUAUCACUACAGACUUCACCACUAUCGUGUGUUUCUGAUUAUUUUAAAGCAGUGUGGACUACGAGGACGUUUUGUAAGGUACAUAAAAUCCAGUUUAUAUGUAAACAAGCAAUAAUUUAAGUUGAAGACUUAAGUGUUUUACUUGUAUAAUUUUUGUGAGAUAUACAUGUUGUGAAGUUGAUUCCAAAUGAGGUACUUCAGUAUUAAAUUAGAUAUCUUCUUAGCCGUGUGUGUCUCCUGGAAAAGUGUUUUGUAAAGGAUCACAAUGCCUUGAUUAGACCUAAUUUGUAGGCUUGAGACUUCUCAUUUUCUAAACCUUGUGAUUCUGCUCAUAAUGUCAUUUAACUAACCUAUAUUAUAUGCAGCCACUGUAGGAACCGAUUCUUGGUUUUUGUAUGUUUAUAUCCUUUCGUAACAAAUCUUAGAAAAACUGUUACUAAGCAGGCCACUGUUAGGGGGUGUUUUUUUUUCUUGCCCACUGUGGUUGGAAUAAUCUUUUACUAAACUGACAUCAGUUUCUGAGGACUUGAAAUAUUAAGAAAUUGAUGUUUUUGACCUCUGUUUUCUUUCCGCUGACCCCCGAUCCACAAACUUUCUAACCUGAAUGCAGAUUUUUUGAUGUCAUGUAAAAUGCAAUGCAUUUUAUAAUAUCUCAUCAGCCAUGCCUUUUGGGAGUGAAAGGUUUGUUCUGUUGCCAUUUGAUUUGUUUUGGUUUUCCGGUGGGAGUUCAGAUAAAGUAGCAGCUAUUCUGUAUUAAGGAUGAGGAAAAUAUGGUAAAGGUGGUUUGAAAUGGGCUGUUUCUGUAGAAGGCUGUUGAUGAAAGCCCGGGAAAUGUACAGUUGUGUUUGUCCCUAAGGAGGGCAGUGCCACCGUUCCGGAGAAACAACGUUUUUCAGCUGUCACCGUUCUGUUACCAAACUCAGACGGAAUAUUUAGUCAGCUGAGCCAUCCUCUCACCUGCUGAUGGGAAACCAAAAGAGCUGUCGGCCCUGAGCUCUGCAGCCUCAUUACUACUACAAUGCCAUUUGUGUUAAACUUGCGUUAUAUAUCUGACAAAAAAUUAUUUAUAUAAGAAAUGCAUAAAUCUGAAGGAAUUAACUUCCUGCACCACAAACUGUAAAUGAGUUUUAAAACAA